AUGAAACUUUUCCAAAAGUAUAUUGAAUUAAACGGAUUUCAGAAAAAAUUUGUUAAUGGUGUUGCUGGUGAUCAGUGGUUUUGUAAUUUUUUAAAUCGUUGGCAGAAAGAAAUAUCUAUAAGAACUCCAGAGCUUUUGACAUUAACAAGAGCCUUAGCUUGUAAUAAAACUGUAAUUGAUGCUUGGUUUUUAUUACUUAAAGCAACAUUGGAAAAAUGUGACAUUAUGAAUAGACCUGCCCAAAUACUAAACUGCGAUGAAAGUGGGUUUUGCACUAACCCAAUAAAUAAAAAAAUUAUUUGCAAAAGAGGUAUUAAAAACCCUGUAUCUAUUGCUCCUGGAUCAGGAAAAGAACAGUUUACUGUACUAGCAACAAUAUCAGCUGCAGGAAGAAAUUUUCCUCCAUUUAUUUUAUUUGCUGGGAAGAAUUUGUAUAAAGAGUGGAUGACUGGUGGACCAAAUGGUUCCUUAUAUGGGGUGACAAAAAACGGUUGGAUGGAAACAGAAGUUUUCACUGAAUACUUUAACCAUCUUGUUUUAUGGUUGAAAGACACACCCAAGCCUGUUUUGCUUAUCUUUGAUGGUCACAUUAGUCAUAUUUCUUUAGAAACUGUUAAAAAAGCAGUUGAAAAUCAUAUAACUAUUUUGUGUUUGCCAGCACACUGUUCGCAUUUGCUUCAGCCACUUGAUGUAGGAGUCUUUCGCCAAGUUAAACAUGUAUGGCGUGAAAUUCUGGCCAAUUGGUAUACCGAGUCAAGGCUGAAGGUGGUUGGGAAAUCUGUUUUUCCAUCUUUAUUAAAAAAACUUUAUGAUACCUCCUUUAAGCCAGCUCAUUUAGUACAAUCCUUUGCCAAAACUGGAAUUUUUCCCUUUGAUCCAUCUGCUAUAGCAUCUGACAAGUUAAAUCCUUCUGAAAUCUAUGAACACCCUUUUUCUCAGAAAACAAAUAACUAUAAUAAUAACGUCCCUCAAAACAUCGUUUUAGACACCAAUGUCAAUGAUCAGAACGAUACUUAUUGUUCUACUGGAAAUAAAAUCAUUAGAGAAAUAGUGAAAGAACAGUUAAUGGCCACAAAGGGUGAUGGUCGUUCAUACAACAAACGACCUACAAAAAAAAUAAAAAGACACUAUGGAGAAUUAGAAUUAUACUAUCGAGUUGCAACGAGUGUAAUCUGA